AUGGCCUCCUAUAGAGUCCCCUAUUCAGUACUGUGCAAAACGUUCGAAUUGUGUGAAAACACUACCAAACGACUGGAAAUCACGGAAUAUCUUGUGUCGCUCUUUGUACAAGUCAUUGAACUGACCCCGGAAGGUCUGGUAGAGUUGCUCUAUAUGUGUAUCAACAAGUUAUGCCCCGACUACGAAGGCCUGGAAUUAGGUAUUGGCGAAUCUCUGUUGAUGAAAGCCAUUGCACAAUCCACCGGUCGCGAUAUGAAACAGUUGAAACUUGAUUAUACAAAGUGUGGUGAUCUUGGGACUGUGGCAAAGAAUAGUAAAUCCUCCCAACGAACGCUGUUCAAACCAAAAGCCCUGACGGUUCCUCAUGUGUUUUCCACGCUCAAGGACGUGGCCCAAAUCACCGGUCAAUCAGCCCAAAGCCGGAAAAUCGAUAAAAUCAAAGGGCUGUUGGUUGCCUGUCAAGAAAAUGAAGCCAAAUAUCUCAUCAGACAGUUGGAAGGGAAAUUGCGCAUCGGCCUGGCGGAGCAAACUGUACUUUCAGCUCUUGCCACCUCGGUUGUUUUGACUAAAGAUUCUGGUAAACUUUCUAAACAACAAAAGGAGCACGAUCUAGCGAUAGCAGCCGACACCGUCAAGUCUGUAUACAAUCAAAUGCCCUGCUAUGAUAUGCUCGUACCGGCUUUAUUGAAAUAUCCUCUCAAUCAAUUACAAGAGAAAUGUACAAUGAGACCCGGUAUUCCACUGAAACCCAUGUUGGCCCAUCCAACCAAGAGCUUGACCGAUGUCUUGGAUCGUUUCGAAGGCCAUACAUUUACUUGUGAAUUUAAAUACGAUGGUGAACGUGCUCAGAUUCAUCGCUUGCCCGAUGGUUCAACAAUGAUCUACAGUCGCAAUUCCGAAAAUAUGUCUGUACGAUAUCCAGAUGUCAUGCAGAAGCUGAACAAGUGGCUCAAACCGACAACGACGUCGUUUAUUCUUGAUUGCGAAGCUGUGGCAUGGGAUCGUGAACAGAAAUGCAUUCUUCCUUUCCAGGUCUUGAGCACGCGCAAAAGAAAGGAUGUCAAGGAAGAAGACAUUAAAGUGCAAGUGGCCAUAUUUGCGUUUGAUUGCUUGUAUUUGAAUGGCGAGCCAUUGUUACGGAAACCACUUCAAUAUCGUCGAGAGAAACUGCGGGAAGCAUUUACAGAAACCGAGAACGAGUUCUUCUAUGCACGCCACAUGGAUUCUAAUAAUAUUGAGGACAUUCAGACAUUCCUGGAUGUAUCCAUCACCAGUAACUGCGAAGGUCUGAUGGUGAAAUCGUACGAUGGCGAGGAAGCGUCAUACGAGCCUUCCAAGCGAUCACGCAACUGGUUAAAGGUGAAGAAGGACUAUCUCGGUGGCGUGGGCGACUCGAUGGAUCUGGUGGUGAUUGGCGCCUUUUAUGGUCGCGGCAAACGAACUUCGGUGUAUGGUGCUUUUCUGCUAGCUUGUUAUGAUCCGGACACCGAGGAAUACCAGACCAUUUGCAAAUUGGGCACCGGUUUUUCAGAAGAGAAUCUACAGCAACUGCAUGAUUCCCUGAAGGAUCAUAUCAUUGAAAAACCUAAACGAUUUUAUUGUCUCGGUGAAAACCCUGUCAAGCCCGAUGUAUGGUUUGAACCCGUUCAAGUCUGGGAAGUCAAAUGUGCCGAUCUUAGUGUGAGUCCUCGCUACAUGGCGGCGGUGGGUCAGGUGGAUCCUUCCAAAGGCAUUUCACUUCGUUUCCCCCGAUUUAUUCGGAUACGCGAUGAUAAGGAACCAGAGGAUGCAACCUCCAGCGAACAGGUAGGCUCAGUUUCCUUCUGA